AUGGCGUCAAAAGCAUUCGCAAACGGCCUCAAGGAGCUGAGGUUCCUGUUCUGCCAGACCAGCGAGCACAGCGCCGCGACAAGGAAUUUCCUCAUGCGAAGCUACCCCGCCAUGAAGAAGGCCAACCCAUCCAUCCCCAUUAUGAUCCGCGAAGCCAGCAACACCCAGCCCACCGUAUAUGCCCGAUUCGACUUCGGAAAGGAGCGGAAGCUGUCGCUGAAGGGCCUGGACGACAAGGCCAUCGAACAACAAGUCACAGAGCUGGUACAGAAGGGCGCAUGA